AUGUCGGAGGUAGCACCGAAGACGCAGCGAUCAAAAGCCGACACGAGGAGUCCUCCCGUCUGCCCGACCGACAAAGAUGACACGGUAGAACUGAGGAAACAGACCCGGACCUUCGACUAUGUCUGGCGGUCCGGCGUCGCGGGAGGCUUGGCGGGUUGUGCUGCAAAGACGGUCGUCGCGCCCCUCGACCGCGUAAAGAUUCUCUUCCAGGCGAGCAACCCCCAGUUCGCAAAGUACACGGGGUCGUGGUUCGGUGUUGCGACGGCGAUGAAGGACAUCAAGUCCCACGAAGGUGUGUUAGGGUUGUUUAGGGGACACUCUGCAACGCUGCUUCGAAUCUUUCCCUACGCCGGCAUCAAAUUCCUCGCGUACGAACAAAUACGAUCCAUCAUCAUCCGGAACAAAGACCAAGAGACCCCAUGGCGCCGCCUCCUGAGCGGUUCCAUGGCCGGCGUCACCUCUGUAUUCUUCACAUACCCUUUGGAGGUCAUCCGCGUGCGCUUGGCCUUCGAGACGAAACACGGCGGGUCUUCACUAACCGCCAUCUGCCGGCGCAUCUACAACGAGCGUUUCGUGCGGACCACCGCGAAGCCGACCGGCACCGUGGCCGACGCGGUCGCUGCGCCUAUCGCCGCAAUUGCACCGCGCUCGGGCUUGGCCAACUUCUAUAGAGGCUUCUCGCCGACGCUGCUGGGCAUGCUGCCGUACGCUGGCAUGUCCUUCCUCACACACGAUACUGUAGGCGAUAUCCUCCGACUCCCGAGCUUCGCCAAGUACACGACACUCCCCCAGCCGAAGAAUGCACCCGAGGGCAAGGCAGCCCCGCUCCGCUCUUGGGCCGAGCUGCUCGCCGGUGGUGUCGCUGGUCUGGUAUCGCAGACCACAUCGUACCCACUCGAGGUCAUCCGCAGGCGCAUGCAAGUUGGCGGUGCCGUUGGGGACGGUCACCGGCUUCGCAUCAGCGAAACGGCCGCGAUGAUCUUUAGGGAGAGGGGAGUGCCAGGCUUCUUUGUGGGCUUGACGAUUGGUUACGUGAAGGUGUUCCCCUUGGCAGCCGUGAGCUUCUACACUUACGAACGCGCCAAGACCUGGUUGGGAAUUUAA